CCAGCCUCUGCGCGCGUGGCCUUGUGGGUAACGCGGGGCCGCCAGGUGACAGCUAAUGGCGGCGGCCGCUUGAUACGAGUGGUCGAGCGGCGAGGCAGGGCGGCAGGGGGCGCGUCGGGGAGCCUGGCUGCCGCUGCACUCUGAACUGUGGCUCACCGGAGGCGCCGGGCUUGACGCGUCAUGGACAGGCCAGUGGCAGCGGCGGCGGCCACAUCGGCGGCGAGCUGCGAGGGCGCUGGGGGCCCGGGGCCAGGGCCGGGCGCUGGCUGGAGACCCUCUCGGGUUGCGGGGCCCUCGACCAGCUCACGGCACCCCAGCAUCGAGACCCUUGACAGUCCUACAGGGUCACAUGUUGAAUGGUGUAAACAGCUUAUAGCUGCUACAAUUUCUAGUCAGAUUUCAGGUUCAGUGACAUCAGAAAAUGUGUCAAGAGAUUACAAGGUUUUCAGGAGGCCUGAUACCAGGAAUAUUUAUAAAACAAGACAAAGAUUGGAGCUAGAGGAAGAACACAACGGCUACCCUUCUGAAGCCGAAGCUGAGCAGGCUCUAAGGGAUGGAAAUAAACUGGCACAGAUGGAAGAAGCUCCACUUUUCCCAGGAGAAUCAAUUAAGGCCAUUGUGAAAGAUGUCAUUUAUAUCUGCCCAUUUAUGGGAGCAGUGAGUGGGACCCUGACAGUAACGGACUUUAAAAUGUACUUCAAAAAUGUAGAAAGGGACCCACAUUUCAUCCUUGAUGUUCCUCUUGGAGUGAUCAGCAGAGUGGAGAAGAUUGGCGCACAGACCCAUGGGGAUAAUUCUUGUGGUAUAGAGAUUGUGUGCAAGGAUAUGAGGAACCUGAGACUUGCAUAUAAGCAGGAAGAACAGCGAAAACUUGGGAUAUUUGAAAACCUCAACAAGCAUGCUUUUCCUCUUUCCAAUGGGCAGGUACUAUUUGCAUUCAACUAUAAAGAAAAGUUUCCAAUUAAUGGCUGGAAAGUUUAUGAUCCAGUGUCUGAAUAUAAGAGACAGGGCUUGCCAAAUGAGAGUUGGAAAAUAUCCAAAAUAAACAGUAAUUAUGAGUUCUGUGAUACCUAUCCUGCCAUCAUUGUUGUGCCAACUAGUGUGAAAGAUGAUGACCUUUCAAAAGUGGCAGCCUUUCGAGCGAAAGGCAGAGUCCCUGUGUUGUCAUGGAUUCACCCAGAAAGUCAGGCAACAAUUACACGUUGCAGCCAGCCACUGGUGGGUCCCAAUGAUAAACGCUGCAAAGAAGAUGAAAAAUACCUGCAGACGAUAAUGGAUGCUAAUGCACAGUCACAUAAGCUUACUAUCUUUGAUGCCCGACAAAACAGCGUUGCUGAUACCAACAAGGCAAAGGGUGGUGGAUAUGAAAGUGAAAGUGCUUACCCAAAUGCAGAACUCAUAUUCUUGGAGAUCCACAAUAUUCAUGUGAUGAGGGAGUCACUUCGUAAAUUAAAGGAGAUCGUGUACCCUUCAAUUGAUGAAUCACAUUGGCUAUCCAAUGUGGAUGGGACACAUUGGCUGGAAUAUAUACGGGUUCUCCUUGCUGGGGCAGUGAGAAUUGCUGAUAAAAUAGAAUCUGGGAAAACAUCCGUGGUCAUCCACUGCAGUGAUGGCUGGGAUCGAACAUCCCAGCUCACAUCUCUGGCAAUGCUGAUGUUGGACAGUUAUUACCGGACCAUUAAAGGAUUUGAGGCUCUCAUAGAAAAGGAGUGGAUAAGCUUUGGACACAGGUUUGCACUGAGAGUGGGCCAUGGUGAUGACAACCAUGCAGAUGCUGACCGAUCACCUAUUUUUCUUCAGUUUAUUGAUUGUGUUUGGCAGAUGACAAGACAGUUUCCUUCAGCAUUUGAGUUUAAUGAAUUAUUCUUGAUUACAAUUUUGGAUCACCUCUAUAGUUGUCUUUUCGGGACCUUUUUGUGCAACUGUGAACAACAGCGCAUCAAAGAGGAGAUAUAUACAAAUACUAUAUCUUUAUGGUCUUAUAUCAAUAGCCAAGUAGAUGAAUUCUCAAAUCCCUUCUUUGUGAAUUAUGAGAACCAUGUGUUAUAUCCUGUUGCUAGUAUGAGUCACUUGGAAUUGUGGGUAAAUUAUUAUGUACGGUGGAAUCCACGGAUGAGACCACAGAUGCCAAUUCAUCAGAAUCUCAAGGAGCUGCUGGCUAUCAAGGCUGAGCUGCAGAAGCGGGUGGAGGACUUGCAGAGGGAGGUGGCCACACGGACCAUCUCAUCUUCCUCCGAGAGGGGCUCCUCACCUACCCACUCAGCUACUCCUGUACACACCUCAGUCUGAUGAACAAAGCCAAUGUCCUGGGCCAUCCGGCUGUUCUACUGUCUUCCAGCAGCUCAGGGACCUGGCCAUUGAUGUUAUGGUUCUAGCUUGUCAUCUUCACUCUUAGGACUAGGCCCAGGGACCAUUUGUGGGUGGUGAAAGCUCCUAUUAUUAACAAGUACUUCUUUUGUGUGAACAGCCUGUGACCCUUUUGAAGGCACCCUCACCCUGUGAACCACCUUUGUCUUGUACAGGUAGCUUCGGAGAAACUAGAUUGAAUGCAGUGCGAUAUUUUAACUUAAGAGAAUCUCACACGACUUAUUUCCAAAUUACAUCCUUUGUUAUGAACAACUCAUUUACUUAUAGAACACGUCACCAGCCAUGUGGCUCCUCUCAGCCUUUUGGCAAAAUUUAAAAACUGUUUUAAAUGAAAUGUUAGUGUGGCAAAUGAACUGUUGCCACCUGUUCUACAGUUAUCAGUUAUCUUCAUACAAGAAGUCCUGUACAAUUGGUACAAUAUGUACUGCUGUGUACAUAUAAGGUAUUUUUUAAAGAGAAACAUGCCUUUAUUUUCCUAUGUCCUUUUUUAUGUUUAGAAUAGUUGUCUGAGGAAUCAUCUGCUAAACUGUGCUGUAUGGAGUCCAUGCUACCUUUUGUGUGGUACAUUUGAAUUAAGAUUUGAGGUGUGUCACCUCAGUGGCAAUGUAGUAUUGUCCUCUUAACUCUGGUACUUGUCUUUUGAGGUGGCACAGCCCAUUCAUUCAUUGGAGGUAGCAGCAGGUUCCCUUAGGAUGCAGCAAACUAUGAAUGCUAAGUCCUCUGGUAAACUGAAGACUCUGCAUUUGUUGGUCUCCCUCUAGGACAGUUCUCUAAAGGAGCAAGUCUGAAAAAUUGCUUUGGCAUCCUACUACCUGUUAGGAUGCCCAGCAUCUAUGUCAGAUCAAGUCUUCUUUCACCGGUUAGACAGCUGGACAGCUUGUCUUCAUUUAUCUCUAUCUCUUCUCAGUUGAUUUACAUGACUGCCUGGCCAUACUUUAAGGCAACCAGUGCACUGCAGCUUGGGUUGGAAAGCAUAACAUGCUCUUCCUUGGUUUUCCCCUCUUGGAGCCAGCCCUGGCUGGGGAGGCCUCUUCCCACAAUCAACAGCUUUGAGCUCUGCUACUCAACCAGUCCUUCUAGGAAUGAAUUUCCCAUCAGCUUCGAUGUGUGCAGUGCAGUGCCAGCAUACCCAGUCCCACCCCCAUGCUCAUUUCUGUGUGUCACCAGGCCCUUGAGAGUUGGAGAUGUUUGAGGCUGACCAAGUCAGCCCCUGAGGACAGAUGGACCACAUCUCCCUCUGGUCAGUGUCAAAUCGCUGGAUGCCAUGCGGUCCUACACCUUGACCUCAAUUUUCAAAAUGUAUACUUAAAAGACUUUUUUUUUUUUUUACAGCCAAAUACAUAGAAAAUAGAUGAUUUUUCAACUUGGAACCUUUUGAUUCUUACAGAAAACUAUCCAACCAUAAGAUAACCAGAGAUAUUCAAGAAAAUUUGCUAAGUUAUAAUCAAUUCUCCAUUUUUAUCAUCUGGAGGAUUUGUUUCCAAACUACAGUUUAAGUGAUAUUAGCUUUUGAUUUGUGUUCAUCAUAGAUAUAAAACCUUAUUUGUAAAUGGAUAAACUGCCAUAUCUGAGGUAGGAGAAGCUAUGAGUUCAGGGUCAGCUUUGGUUGCAUAUUGAGUUCUGGGACAGCUGGUCUAUAUUGUGGAACCCUGUCUCAAAAUCAAUACCAAAAAGAAAAGAACAUGAACUAUAAUAUUUUCUCUUCAUAUGCUUUUUAAAACUGGGGACAUUUACCAAUUUUUCCCUAGAAAUACUGUGUAGUUUCCCAGUGACACUUGAACUAUUGAACAUAGAGAGGACUGGAUGAUGUUUUGACAGAACCAGAAAAGCCAUGGGGACUGCUGCUUGUUGAGGACAGCUAGCCUGGUACAGAUGGCUGGUGAACUGGGGAUCUGGCUCCUGGUCAAGCCAUGUCCUCCCAGCUGCAUGCUUGCAGCACCCCUAAAAAUGUCCCCUGGAUCUUAAAGAAGCACAACAGAGUACUUCCCUUUGUACGUUUCUAGCACAGGACUCUUUCUAAAACAACCUGAAAUACAGUUUUCUUAUCUAAACAAUUCUUUCAUGUAUGUUUUAUUUAAGUACUAGAAUGUAAAACCUUUAAGGUUCAGGUUUUUAAACGAGUACAGUACUGUAUUUGCCUCAUCUGAUGCACUGUAUUCCAACCUGUAAUUAAAAUGGUAAUAUGUUUGCUCC